AUGCCACCUUCUCCUGCCCUACCUGUUCCCAGAGCUGUCCGCCUUUGCCACAGUAGCCGACCUCUCGCCUCUACUGCAGCUGUUGACUACCUUCGUGCUGAGGAGGUAGGAGCUGCGUCUGCCCCUAGUGGGAGGCGCCGCAGCGGCAAGGGCAGGGGAGGCAGGAGCGGUGGGGGUGGCAGAGGUGGAGGCGGUGGUGGGGGCAGUGGAGGAGGUGGAGGGGGCGGCGGUGGAGAAGGUAGUGGUGGUGGGGGUGGAGGGGAAGGUGGCGGCGGUGGUGGCGGCAGUGGGAGUGGUGGAGGCGGCAGUGGUGGCGGCGGUGGUGGCGGCAGUGGGGGUGGAGGCGGCGGCAGUGGUGGCGGCCGGGGAGCUGGGGGUAGUGGUCCUUGCCCGUAUGUCAUCCGCACAGGUGACCGCACUGGUCAGACAUGCGGGAGGCCUCACACUCAGCACCGCUACUUCUACCGCCCUACCGACGCCUUUGGCGCAGAUUGUCGUGAUGCACCUAAGCUCCCCAACUAG